AAGAGAGAGCACCAAAUCAGGCUUAACCAGUUCCAAACACAGAGGUUCCUUGGUUUGUGUCUCAACACAUCCAAAUUAAGCUAUGGCUUCCCUCUCCUUGUUUUCCUUAUUCUGUAUGUUUUCGUUUCUAUUGGGGAUGGCACAUGCACAGCUAUCUUCCGACUACUACUCAAGUUCAUGCCCUAGCGCUCUGUCUACCAUUCAAACUGCAGUAAACAAUGCAGUAGCUGACGAGUCCCGCAUGGGGGCCUCACUGCUCCGCCUUCAUUUCCAUGAUUGCUUUGUAUUGGGAUGUGAUGCUUCUAUAUUAUUGGAUGACACUGCAAACUUUACUGGAGAGAAGACAGCAGGACCAAAUAAUAACUCUGUGAGAGGAUAUGAUGUGAUCGACACCAUUAAAUCUCAAAUGGAAAGCUUGUGCCCUGGAGUUGUUUCUUGUGCAGAUAUUGUAGCAGUGGCAGCUCGUGACUCUGUUGUUGCUUUGGGUGGCCCAACAUGGACUGUGCAAUUGGGCAGAAGAGAUUCAACCACGGCGAGUUUUAGUACUGCUAACUCUGACCUCCCAGCCCCGACCUCAGAUCUUGAUGCUCUCAUAUCUCUCUUCUCCAACAAGGGCUUCACUACCCAGGAAAUGGUGGUUCUCUCAGGAACUCAUACCAUAGGUAAAGCACAAUGCUCAAAAUUUCGGGAUCGAAUUUACAACGAGACCAACAUCGAUGCAACAUUUGCAACAUCAAAACAGGCAAUCUGCCCAAGCUCAGGUGGAGAUGAGAAUCUGUCUGAUCUGGAUGAAACGACUACUGUUUUCGAUAAUGUUUAUUUCACGAAUUUGAUAGAGAAGAAGGGUCUGUUGCACUCAGACCAACAACUCUACAAUGGUAACUCCACAGAUUCCAUGGUUGAAACCUACAGCAACGACUCUACCACUUUCUUUACCGAUGUGGCCAGCGCCAUGGUUAAAAUGGGAAACUUGAGUCCCCUAACCGGUACUGAUGGAGAGAUCAGGACAAACUGCAGGGCAAUAAACGGAUAAAUUUAAAUGUCUUUAAAGUUGUACUUCAGUUAAUAUCUAGGAGUAGCUUAUCACAAAGUGAUUUGAGAUAUAUAUCUUGUUUAUGGCAUUUGUAUUUGCUCAUCAACUUAAAGGUUUAUCUCAAAUAAAGUUUUUAGUUGGUUUUGGAUCUACUGCAAAAA